AUGGACCUUGGUUUGCAUUUUAUGACAAGAGAAGAGGCGGUGGUGAUUUUUGUGGACAUGGAUCCUUCUAUCUUGCUUACCGACCACGCAUUACCCUACCCGCUUGGCGCUCCAGUCCAAAUUGGCGGCAGCAGCAGCAGCAAAGUUACAGAUGGCUCGGUGGAGGGUGCGGGCACAUUGGGGAGGAUGGAGAGUGCCUUUAAGCUUCCCAAAGCACGAAUUGACGUCAUCCGGCUAGCGUUGAGUUCUUUUCUUCAUCAGAAGUGGUGUGCAUUGUCUAAUUCGCCCAAAUCUUUGUGGUUUUCUCUUUAUGCCGUGAGGGAUGACAUAAUCGAGUUGCUUCCGCCCACACGUGGCGAGCCGACUGCCAUCGAUGCCACCGUUAAACGGCACAUUAGGGCGGACGCGGAACCAACGGCAUUAGCAACCGCACCAUGUGGUUCGUUCCCGUUUUGUUCAGUUGCGGAUGUGCUGCAGCGUACGGAGGAGAUGCUCACCUCCGCGGGCGUGGAAGAAGUGAGAUAUGGAGGAGGUGACGUGUCUAGAAGGAACUCACAGGAUGCUGGUACUGGUGCCUUAAAAACACCACUAUUACCACAGACGGCAGAGCCGCGUAAGCUCAUGCUCAUUCAAGGUAUAGUUUUGCUCAACCGUGAUAGCGCUUUGCCCACUUCGGCACCACCAACUGAUGCCGUUGGCUGCGAACUGCUUGGCACCGGCCUUGUUGUGCGACGUUUUCUAGACGUCAUCCCUCUCGGUAGUAAGCACCGCCCCUCGCCACUACUGAGGGGUGCGAGGGAUUGCCACACCACGGGUGUGAGUCACACAGAGACACCGAAAAAGGGCAAAGAAGCCCCAAUUCCGUCGAAGCAGACGAUGGUGGUGGAGUGUCCAUGUAAUAUUAUAGACCUUGUCAGCUUUACAGGGGUGUCAAAUCGUGGCCUUGCCCUUGGAUGUGCCCUCACGAAGCUGCUUACACCACACAUUGAAGGGAGCUUCAAUUUUUUUUCCGCUCAGCCGCUUCGCAGAGUCAACAUUGCUCUUAUUUCCAAGGAAAUACGACGAGAACGGCAGCAGCAGCAGCAGCAGCAGCAGCAGCUGGAGGCGAGCGCGCGGAAGGGUACCUCAGCGCCAUUGGAGGCCAAGCCAGAAGUCCGCGUAGAACGACUGCCAUUGGACGUGAAGGGGAAAAAGUCGUUAACGGAAAUAGAGACUGGAGCACCGUCCCAGCGGCCAACAACCGGCGAUGCUUCCUGUGAAGUUGGUAGCAGUCUAUCGCUGAUGACGGGCACCGCCUCUUCUAGCCCAGUGCGUGAGGUCGUUGGUAAUGAACGCGAAAAUUCGGAUUCAUUGAUGCUGCAACUGUUCCCAGGGGUUGCUGUUAAGGAAGCACCCCGAGUAACGUCGUCGUCGUCCUUCUCACCGCCGUAUGUUCGUGGAGUGUUAUUGGGGCAAAAUUUGAAGGAGAGGAAACCGUAG